GGCGGCGGGCCGGGGCGCUGCGCGGAGCCGCCCCCGGCUCCCCCGGGCUGGGGGAAGGAGGAGCCGCUGUCAGCCCGGAACCCAGAAACGCCAAAGUGGAAGCGGCUUCUCCGGGAGCCACAUGCGGUGUGACCACACCAGGGCCUUCCCAGCAGACUGUUCCUCUCCGCAAGAAGACGGCAGUCAUAUAGGUUGCAAUGGGAAUGUUAAACACAGACCUUACCCUCAGCGAUGACCUGGAGGAAGGAGGAGAAUCUGGUAAAGGUCUCCAAAGAAAAUGUCUACAAAUUAUGUCUCCUAUAACUGACAUCAAGCUUUAUUGUUGCUAUUUCAUCAUUGCAGUCCUAACUAUAAGUGUGGUUGCACUUUCUAUUGUUUUGUUAGUGAGAGAGGAAAAGGUGCCGUUAGAGCACUCUGUGUAUGCUGCCUGCCCGGAAAGCUGGAUUGGAUUUGGAAGUAAAUGUUUUUACUUUUCUGAAGACACAAGGAAUUGGACAUUCAGUCAAACUUUCUGUGCCUCCUUAGAAGCCCACCUUGCUCACUUUGAAACUCCGGAAGAACUGAAUUUUCUGAGAAGAUACAAGGGCCCUUCUGAGCAUUGGAUUGGCCUCUGCAGAGAAUCAGCACAUCACAUUUGGAAAUGGACAGACAACACUGAAUAUGAUACCUCGUUUGCCAUCAGAGGCUUUGGAGAAUGUGCUUAUCUGAAUGACAAUGGAAUCAGUAGUGCCAGGAACUACACAGAUCGGAAAUGGAUUUGUAGCAAGCCAAACAGUUAUGUCUACGGAUGCCAAAUGAGAAGCCCUUUAUAGAAUGUUCCAUUAGGUCACAUUGUAAUUUGUUAUAUUCGUCUAUCAAAAAUAUUAUCAAUAUGCAUUCAUAAUUUCUGUUGAUAGCAAAGAUACAAACCCUCAUAGAAUGAUAUAAUACAUACUGCUAUAAUACUAGCAUUUGGAAGAUUAUGUUUCUAAAUUAUAUACACAUUUGGAUAUGAGUUGAUGGUUAUAUUUUCAACAUAGAUAUUGAAGUUAAACAAUAAUUUGAACUGGAGAAAUUUAAUAAGUUAUUAAUAGGGGUUUAUAGUAAUGGGAGAUUGGUUAAAAGAAGAUAAAAACACCAAAAUAUAGAAAAAUGGUAGAUGCAGGGAGGGCUGAGAAAGAACACUCAUGGAAGAGAUCUCCUCCCAGAGGAGGAGAGAAUUCUGCAAGGGCAGAGAAUCUGACCUUGAUAGACAGGAGCACAACUUGGUUCAGAUGGAGAAAUUGGCUGAGCUGCCUUGCCAGCAGAAAUUGCAGAUUUGCCAGUGAGUGCUUGGGAAAGGGAACACAGGAGGAUGUGAUAGCUGGGAACUCAUCUCCGAACCACCCCAGUGUGUGUGUGUGUGUGUGUGUGUGUGUGUGUGUGUAGUGUACACCGGUGCUUGUAUAAUCACUGCUGGCACUGCUCCAAGGUGAGGGCACCUCACAGGGUGUCAUUAGAAGUUUCCCAGAAGAAGGUGCUAUGUGUACCUGGCCCCUGGGUAUUAAGGAAAAUAAAAAAUGUUCAGAUAGCCUGAGUCUAAAUUCUAGCUCUGCCCUUUAUAAAACUACUCCAAACAUAAUUCUCUGAAACACUCAUUGUCUCCAUCUUUAGAAUGGGAACAAUUACAAUGUCUACUUAGCCAGUUUUUGAUGAGAUUCAACUAUAUAUUUUUAAGCACUUAGAACCAUGCACAAGAAAUAUUCAGUACUGUUUAAGUGGUAGUGUUUAUUAUUUGAGUUUGUGGCUCCAGCUAGUGAAUUAUUUAAAACUAAUAUUUGAUUAUUUUGCACUGUU